AUAAAGAAACAGCCAAUGCCAAUCCGUUUCACUCAGGAUCUUUGACAGAAGGGAGACACACAAAAGAGACGUAGAAUUGAGUAAGAUGAGGAUGGGUGACGGUCAUCGUAUUAGAGGGAGUGUCGUUCCUUGUGAUCUCUCUCUCAUUUUACUCGUAGCGCUAAUAGCAUUACAUCUGACCUCCCACUCCAUCAUCCAAGUCGGCGCUUCCAUCCACGAAUACCAAACACAACGUUUCACUCGUCGCUCCAAUUCCUUCUUCUUCCAUGGCGGUAGCGAGGGCCUCUACGCUUCCAGAGUUUCCCCUCUCGCUCUUCGCGACAACUCCUCUUCCGAAGAUAAACCCCUCAAUGGCAAAUCCUUCAUCAGGUUCGAGUCAAUCACCUUUCAAAGAACAAAAGAAUCAACCCAAAAGCAGAAUGAGAUGCAGCAAAGAACUGGCUUGGUUGAAGCUAUAAUUAUUGAGGUCAAAGACAGGGCGAAGAUUGGGGGUUCUUAUUUGAACUCUCAUGCAAUUUGCUGCACCCCUGAUCUUGCCGAGGAUGGGUCCUGCAAGGUAGGGGAGGUUAUCAUCCGUCAAGACCUAGAUAAGCUUAAUGGGCCUCAACGAAUUCAGACCUUCUUUGAAGGCAAAAAUGAAGAGGCCAAAAUGGAUCCUCGAACUAUUGAGAUCAACAAUACCGGAAUGUAUUACCUAUAUUUCAUGUUUUGUGAUCCAGUACUCGACGGCACAUUAGUCAGCGGAAGAACAGUUUGGAGGAACCCAGAUGGCUAUCUACCUGGAAAGAUGGCCCCGCUGAUGACAUUUUUUGGCUACAUGUCAUUAGCUUACCUUGUUCUAGGUCUCUUCUGGUUCCUCCACUUUGUACGGUACUGGAAAGAUAUAAUAAAGUUGCAUUACCAUAUCACAGCUGUGAUUGGUCUGGGGAUGUGUGAAAUGGCUCUCUGGUAUUUUGAAUAUGCUAAUUUCAAUUCCACUGGAAGCAGACCAAUGGGAAUUACCGUAUGGGCAGUAACCUUUAGUGCUAUUAAGAAGACUUUCUCCAGGCUUCUUCUUCUAGUAGUUUCAAUGGGAUAUGGUGUUGUUCGACCAACACUUGGCAGUACAACCACAAAAGUACUCCUUCUUGGCGUGACAUACUUUGUGGCUUCAGAAGCACUUGAGCUUGUUGAACAUUUGGGAAAUAUCAAUGACUUUUCUGGAAAAACAAGACUCUUUCUGGUGCUACCUGUUGCUGUACUGGAUGCCUGCUUUAUUCUUUGGAUAUUUUCAUCAUUAUCUAAAAUUCUGGAGAAGCUUCAGAUUCGUAGAAGCAUGGCAAAACUUGAGCUCUACCGGAAGUUUACCAAUUCCCUUGCAGUAUCGGUGCUGCUCUCUGUUGCUUGGAUUGGUUAUGAGUUGUACUUUAAUGCCACCGACCCUUUGAGCGAACUGUGGCGAAGAGCUUGGAUCAUCCCGGCUUUCUGGACUUUGCUUGCAUUUAUACUGUUAGGGGUGAUAUGCAUUCUCUGGGCUCCAUCACACAACCCAACUAGAUAUGCGUAUACAGAGGAGAUGGGGGAGGAGUCUGAGGAGGAGGGUAUCUCGCUCACGGGAGGUGGAGUUAUGGCGGCUGUAGAGUUGGCAACAAAGAUAGAAAGAAAGGAAAGGAAGGCCUUGAUUGCAGCAGAUCAUCAUGUGUUUGGGCUUGGAGAAGAUGUUGAGGAGGACAAGAGAGAAUAGUGGCUUUUCUUCCUCCUGUAUUCCAUUCGGACACCACAGGUCCACAGGUGACAGUAGCAUGUGUAUCCAGGAGUUGUCAUAUCAUUAUUUUUAUAGCUCCUUUAGUUUUGUAUAGAGGACUCAGAGGACAGAGAGAAGAGAUUCAAGAGAAAGAGGGAGGUGUUGCCGCGUUGGUUGGACAGCCAAUAAAGUGCUUAAAUUGAAAUCAACAGCCUGCGUUCCACAAAUACUGGCUCUUUGCAAGUGGUUGGCUUCAUGCAUUACACCCCAGGAUGGAGCAGUGUUUUGGGUAGAGUAAGAGUUCCUUGCCUUUUUCUUUAUAUUGUCUUGGAGACGUGAUUUGUUCUUGGAAUUGGAAGCAUAUAUUGCGUGUCUGUAACUUAUCCCUAAUUAAUUGGAAGAAAAAAAGAAAAGAAAGACGAGGCCUCUUCGGAUUAACUAUUAAGUAAUAUUGAAGCUUCUAUAAUUAUUAAAAGUUGCUUCUUGAA